AUGGCGUCCCCUACAAAAGCAAUUUUUAUAAUUGGCGCAAAACGAACGCCAUUUUGCAACUAUGGAGGCCCACUUCGAGAACUGCCAGCAUCUUAUGCGUUUGCAUCUGCAGCUAAGGACGCCAUACAGACGGCCAAACUAGACUCUUCAUACAUCGAUAACACUAUCGUUGGAAAUAUAAAUUUCUUAAGCCAAUGUGAUGGUGGAAAAACGCCUAGAUACUGCGGUAUUUAUUCAGGAGUACCCUUAAGCAGCCCCGCGUUAGGUGUCAACAAGGUUUGCGGUACUGGCCUACAGGCAAUCAUCACCAGUGCUGUGGAUAUCUUAACAGGAAUGUCAAAAAUCUCUCUAACUGGCGGCACAGAGCUGAUGUCUUCACUGCCUAUGCUAGUAAGAAAUGUCCGUUUUGGAACAGCCUUAGGCACAAAUUAUCUUUUUGAAGAUCACAUGAAGAAGUUGUUCCCUGACAGCUAUACUGGUCUAACGAUGCACAAAAUGGCUGAGGAAUUGGCGAAGAAGCACAACUUGACGAGAGAAGAAGUCGAUGAAUUUGCACUGCAGAGUCAUUUUAAGUGGACUGUAGCUCAAGCAUCAAAAGUUUUUGAACAGGAAUUGACAAGUUUGACUGUAACUUUAAAGAACAAAGAAAUGGAUGUGGACGAAGACCAGCUCCCGAAGCCUUCCUUAACGACAGAAGAUUUAAGUCAACUGUCAUCUCUGUUAGAUGACGGGAAUAUAAUAACUGCCGGCAAUUCUUGUCUCCCAGCUGAUGGAGCAGCUGCCUUACUGAUAGCAAGCGAAGGAUCCUUAUCUUCACAUAACUUACGGCCUCUCGCCAGGGUUGCAGCCUGGACAUGUGUGGGAGUAGACCCUCGAGAGACUGGCAUUGCAGCUGUUCCUGCUGUUCGAAAACUGCUGGACGAGCAAAGACUGACAGUCGACGAUAUUGACUUGUUUGAGAUAAACGAGACUUUCGCCUCCCAAGCGCUGAUCACCGCCAAACUCUUGAAAGUUGACCUCAGUAAAGUAAAUGUCAAUGGGGGGGCUUUAGCUCUUGGGCAUCCUGUGUCGGCAACUGGCGCUAGGAUGGCCGUACACCUAGUCCAUGAACUUAGACGCCGUAAUUUACAACGAGCGAUUGCAACGUCGAGUUGCGGUGGAGGACAAGGAAUAGCAGUCUUACUUGAAAAAAUGUAG